AUGAACCUGUUGCUGAACGACGAGGGCGUCAUCAAACUUGGCGACUUCGGGGUGUCACGGCAGAUGUCCGAGAACACCGUGUGUCUCCACUCGUUCUACGGCACGCCUCUCUACCUUUCGCCAGAGCUCAUAGAAGGGCGCGCAUACUCCCGGACGACGGACAUCUGGUCACUCGGGGUCGUUCUCUACGAAUUGCUCUCGCUGCAGCUGCCGUUCCGUGGGCCCAGCCUCCAGGACGUGAUCGCGGCGGUACUCCGCUGUCGCUUCGCUCCUUUGCCCAGCUGGCGACCACAGGAGUUUUCCGACGUUGUGAACGCCAUGCUGACCAAGGAUGCACAACGGCGUCCCUCUGCCGAGUCCCUGCUGCAGCGUAUGGAGUGGCUCGGUUGCAGGCAUCCAAAAGUUGUUGUUUAA